AUGGAGGACAACGUUAUAACUCCUCGGAAAUCCUACAAGAAAGAAAGCACCCUAAUUAAUAAAUCCCCCCAAGUUUCCGAGAGAUCUUCCACUCCUAGCAAAACUUCUCCCAAGAAAAAGCGAAACCCAAAGGUUGGAGAUAUAAAUAAAGCUGAAAAGAAUUUUCCAAUAGAAGUCGAUCGAGAUUCGGGUCAUUAUCCCGAUAAGCAUAAACGUAAACAUCAAGGCAAUAAGGAGGAUAAGUCGAUCAAAGUUACUCUCAAAGAAGAUCCUACGAUCGAAAAAUUCAAUUUUCGAGGUCCAUUUUUAGCUUCAUUUCAGGGUGUCCCCCCUCCUCAAAAUGUAGUAUUUAACACCUACAGCAGCUCCAAUGGUAGGAAACUUAUGAUCGCAGGCGAAAAACCUCGAGUAACAUUUGAGUCAAAUGAACACGAAGCAGAUCAAUCCUCAGAAUACCUAAUUGCGAUAUAUAACAAGCCCACUAACACGGUAAUAUUUAGGCCGGCGCCA